GAGGCGGGCAGAGCAGACAGACACCGAAGAGGGCUGGUGGAGGGAGGAAGGCUGCCUCAUGCCGCCGGGCUUACCGGGAUUUAAAAAAAGAAAAAAAAAACAAUCUGACGGUUCCGGAAGGAGGAAUUAUAGCACAUCAAAAUGCUUCUUUUUGCGUGUGGAUGCUGAUGGCGACUGUGCAGGUUGGUGCUCUGGGCGAAGAGGCCGAGCGGUCGUUGUCAAGCAAGCAGGGGUCGUUGCCAUGCACGAGGGGGUUUACACAGGAGGAAUACAUCAUCGAAAUGGACCAAGAGCUGGCAAAGGGACAGGCUGUCUUCAACGUGAGCUUCAUGGACUGCAGAGCAGGGAAGGUGUGGUUCAAGGUUGGGGAUUCGUCUGAUUUCAGCGUGACUGAGGAAGGUGUGGUCUACGCCCUGCGGCGCCUCAGCCUGGUGGGAAAGGAAAAGGCCGUGGUGGUGGUCUACGCUCAUGAUCUGCAGUCCAAACAGGUCUGGAAGGCCAGAGUUCACCUCCAUCUUCGUCCAAGCAGCAGCGCCACUGGACCUGAGCAGGUAAAGCCCAGUGAUGCAACACUGACUCAGCAGGUACCAGAGAUCUUGUUUCCAUGGCGCAGCGUGGUUGUCAGGGGUGAUGGCACUCUGAGGCGGGUGAAGAGGGACUGGGUCAUUCCGCCUAUCAACGUCCCCGAGAACUCACGAGGACAGUUCCCCGAGGACCUAGUCAGGAUCCGCUCGGACCGAGACAAGAACCGGAUGCUGCGUUACAGCGUGACGGGCCCCGGGGCCGACCAGCCUCCAACUGGCAUCUUCAUAAUCAACCCAAUCUCAGGCCAGCUGUCGGUCACCAAGCCUCUGGACAGAGAACACAUCUCCAACUUUCACUUGCGGGCCCAUGCAGUGGAUCUGAAUGGGAAUCAGGUGGAGAACCCCAUCGACAUCGUCAUUAAUGUCAUCGACCAGAAUGACAACAGACCAGAGUUCACACACACCAUCUUCAAUGGCUCUGUUCCUGAGGGAUCCAAACCUGGAUCUUUUGUGAUGACAGUGACAGCAGUGGAUAAGGAUGAUCCCAAAACCGCCAAUGGGAUGUUGCGAUAUAAGAUCCUUUCCCAGAAUCCCCAGAGCCCCUCCUCCAACAUGUUUACCAUUAACAACAAGACUGGUGACAUCAUCACUGUGGCUGCGGGCCUUGAUCGGGAGAAAGUCACCCAGUACACCCUGAUCAUCCAGGCUACAGACAUGGAGGGAAAUCCGACUUACGGCCUCUCCAACACUGCCACCACUGUCAUCAGGAUCACUGACGUCAACGACAAUCCACCCGAAUUCACCACAGACACAUUCUUCGGGGAAGUGCAUGAGAACAGGGUGAAUGUGAUCGUCGCUAACCUGACGGUGACGGACAAAGACCAGCCUCACACUUCGGCCUGGAGCGCCGUUUACCGAAUCAUCGCUGGAGACCCCACAGGACGCUUCUCCAUCCCCACCGACCCCACCACCAACGAGGGCCUGCUCACUGUGGUCAAGCCCGUAGACUUUGAGCUGACCCGUUCCUUCAUGCUGACCGUGGAGGCAGAGAACGAGGUCCCUCUGGCCCGUGGCAUCCACCCGCCUCGACAGUCCACGGCGACCGUCUCCGUCCGAAUCCUGGACAUCAACGAGAGUCCAGAGUUCAGCCCAAACCCCAAGUCCAUCAAACUGGAGGAGGGUCUGCCUGCCGACUCUCUGCUCACCACCUUCACUGCUCAGGACCCUGACCGCUACAUGAGACAAACCAUCCGGUACUCCAAGAUGUAUGACCCUGCCAACUGGCUGGCGAUUGACCCGGUUAACGGACGAAUUUCCACCAUCGCCAUCCUCGACCGAGAGUCUCCCUUUAUCAAGAACAACCUCUACAACGUCACCUUCAUGGCCUCUGAUAACGGAAUCCCCCCUGCCAGUGGGACAGGCACCCUUCAGAUAUACCUGCUAGACAUAAAUGAUAAUGCACCUCACGUGUUCCCGCCUGAGGUUGAGAUGUGCGAGAAGCCAAAUCCGAACGCCAUCAACAUCACAGCCAGUGACCCCGACCUGACCCCUAACGCUGGACCCUUCGCUUUCGAGCUGGCAAAUCGUCCCGUAGAUGUGCGCCGCAACUGGACCCUCACUCGCAUUAAUGGUGAGUAUGCUCAGCUUCGACUGCGGAGUGGCUCCCUUUCCAGUGGAAUCUACGAGGUUCCCAUAAUGAUCACAGACUCUGGCAACCUGCCCAUGUCCAACACGUCCUACCUGAGGGUCAAGGUCUGCCAGUGCGAUCACCAUGGAGACUGCGUGGACAUGGAGCGAAUCAUCGCAGCUGGACUGGGAACCGGUGCCAUCAUUGCCAUCCUCAUCUGUAUCAUCAUACUGUUAGUGCUGGUGCUGCUCUUUGUGAUGUGGAUGAAGAGGAGGGAUAAGGAGCGUCAGGCCAAGCAGCUUCUCAUCGACCCAGAGGACGAUGUCCGGGACAACAUCCUCAAAUACGAUGAGGAGGGAGGCGGAGAGGAGGACCAGGACUACGAUCUGAGCCAGCUGCAGCAGCCUGAUGCCCUGGAGCCAGAGUGCGUCAAAGUGGGGAUCAGACGUCUGGAUGAGAGGCCCCUCCAUCAUGACCACCAGUACCCCCUCCGCUCAGCCGCCCCCCACCCAGGAGACAUAGGAGACUUCAUCCACGAGGGCCUGAAGGCAGCAGACAACGACCCCACCGCUCCGCCCUAUGACUCCCUGCUGGUGUUCGAUUAUGAGGGCAGUGGCUCCACCGCCGGCUCCCUCAGCUCCCUGCACUCCUCCUCCAGCUGCGGAGACCAGGAUUACGACUACCUCGGUGACUGGGGGCCACGCUUCCGCAAGCUGGCCGACUUGUACGGCGGAGAAGACGAUUAGCACCCUUCGACCCCCCAAUAACGACAGCCACUGUCCCCACCCGUUGCUUUGAAGUUCAGGUGGUGGGUGGGGUAAGGAAGAUGAAAUGGGAUAAACGUGGGGUUCUAGAUUGGCACUUGUGUAUUUCCAUGGGACAGCUUGUAAAGAAACUCGCUGCCUCUUGACGGACAGUUGAUGACACUCGGGACCAUGCUGACUCCUGGCCUAGAAAGGCCGGGCACUGGCUAGCAUUCAGGCUAAUGGACAUCAUCUGAGCGUUAGCCCCGUGCUAACAAAUGUGAGCAGCCAGAACAAUGCACUCAGAGGGUAUGUUGUCUCUGUGAUGGUUGAGAGCUAUGACAGCCAUGCUACAGACGCUCAUUUACACUUGAAUCUUUACAGUACAGCAGCACUGGGGUCAAAUGUGCCUUUUUGUACAUUCUUUUGAUUGUGUUCGGUCUCAAUUCUGUAUGUUGCUUUAAAGCUCCUAGUGUUUUGCAACUGCAAUUUGGAGGAGCACUUUGCCAUAAUGAGCGCAUGUGUGUACGUGUGUUUGGGUUCCACCUCAUUACUUGUAUGCGUGUAUGUGAGAGUACGCGUGAAUCAUUUCCACAGAGACACACUGGAUGGAUACUCUAAAGGGCAAAGCCUACUAUGAGAUGCCUUGGAUGAUCCUACCAGCAAAAAACAUUGCUUUUCUGUGCAGCUCUGGGUCAACGGAAAUCAAAAUCAAAAUUUCGGUUUGAUGAGAAGUUUUGUCUUUUUGCGAAUCACAAACAUACACACACACACACACACACACACACCUAUGUCUAUCAUAUUUGUUUCAUGGACUUUGUGACUUUUUGAAACUCGUCCUCUUUUCACAACAGUUCUCUGGUAAUAAUGUGAGUAUGUGUUACCAAACCUGACCAAGAUCAAAAGUUUUUAUUCCCUCUCAGCUCUGUCACACUGAUUUUCCUCUGCAAACCCUGAUUAUUCAGCAUCACAUCGGGUCAAAGCUGUGGGUAAAUUGCUGUAAAGAAUAGCUGCCUCCUCUGGUUUUCAACACUCUCAGACAGUCGAGGACAUUCAGCGCCAACAUUAAUUUAACUGUUUUUGAAUUUUGGAGGUUUUUACAAGUACUAAAUGUUAUUUACGGAUGCAGUUUAAAUGUUUUGGAUCUGUCCUUGCUGCACUUUUCUAAAAGGGAGUUUAAAAUGGGAUACAGUUUUAGGCAAAAGCACUGUAGCAAAGUGGUGAAAAACAUGUUGAUAAAAUGCAAUUUCCGUUUAUGUGUUUGCACAGAUGAAAGAAAACAGAAACAAAAACUGGGGCAAAGAAUCAAGGCCAAAAACAAGUCAAUCUAAAAGCAUUUGAAGCAAUUUCGAGUAGCAGAGCAACAGCAAGAUGAAAUGACAAAUAGAUGAAAAUCUCCAUCAUAAAGACAAUGAAAUGAGUAAUGAAAUAUUAAAAUAAUAUUACAGAGAGGGAGUUUAUGUCUGGUGUAGUUUCAGCAGACAAGUUCUGGUUGAAGUUUUAUAUUUAUAGAUGAAUAUUAAAAUUUGAUAAACAGCUUGUGAACGGAAUAUAGAGUGAGUGAGGGGUGGCUAGUAUGCAGAUCUGCUGCUUAAAAUGACCACAGCAGCGCCUUUUCCCCUGCAAUGUCUGGAUCUGCAGCAGAACGUUGUAAAGGUGGAAGAGCAGAAUGUGAAAAGCUAUUGUGCCAUCUCUACUUCAGCACUCUUAACAGUUCGAGGUGACAAAUGUUAAUGUGAGGAAAGAAGUUAAUGUAUCGAAUGCAGCUUAUUGCAGUGAAACAGCUGCAUUUUCUGCAACACUCCUCUAAUAUUUUAUGAUUUACAAUUAUUAGAACCAAUGUACUUUUGGCAUGGUAAAAGAUAAAUCCAUUGAACAGUCUGGUCCUGGUGUUUCAAAAACUUUUUUAAAGUACAGCAAGCCUAAUGAUAAUGACUUUUUUUAAAAAUUAAUCUAGAUGUGCAAAAUAUGUCUAUUGUCACAAAACAGCUAAAUUUAAUAUUAUUUAUGUUAGCAUUUUACAGCAAAAUGAGAAUUCUGGGCAGUAAAAAAUAUUUCAACGCGGAUAUUUUGGCCACUAUUCUUGGUGUAUAUACAUAUUUAUAUAUAUAUAUAUAUAUGGAAUGUUAGAGCUAAUUUGAAAAAAAAAAUGAUUUGGUCAUUGUUUGUCUUUCCUUCAAUGCAUUCCACAGACUGAUUCGCUUGAUUCCUCACCACUGUCUGCUCAGCUGUAAUGCGUGCUCUGCUACAUGUGCUGUAGACUGUGUUGAAAGUACUGGAAGCAACAGAAUCGGACUCACUCUGCUUUUCAAACUAUGUGGUGACACCAUUUCUGAAUUAUCCCAAGCACCUUUUUCCUGCGUUAUGUUCUGUUUAUACCAGUUUAUCUGUGAUAGGUCAAUAUCGAGGUCCACAUCGCUAUAGCAACGCACAAACCCCAUGAGCCUUGAAGGGCUACAAGUGAAAACAUUACAGAGGAGCUGCAUCACAUUCAAUCCGACAGUGAAUGCAAACGGAAAGUUUGUGUUGAACCCUGAUGGAGUCAAUAUGCCUGAGGAACAGACUAACUUGUGCAUCGCAUACGCCAACAGACAAGGCCACCAAGUUGUUGUUUUGUAUUGCAUAUUCACCAGAGGCUACAACUUUAACAAUGGCAUAAACAGCAACAAACACUGUAUCAGCAGCACUUGACAAUUCAUUAUUAUUACUGUUUUUAAUCUAAAUCAGACACGUACUGCUGGGAACACUUAGCCAGAAUACAAUUACUCUUGCCCUUUGUUAAAGUUGAACAACGUUAAUACAAUUCCCUCGUUUGCAGUUUGUUAAAAUGUGUGCAGGUCUGUCUUCGCUGCGUUUAUCCGACACACACUCUGCCGUCAGGCUUCUGAAACAGUCACAAUGAUAUUCUCUGACAGUUAGUGUGGAGCAGUCUUUUUGAGCUCCUCACGAGGCCGUUCUGUGACAGUGGUCAGGAAAUUUGAGGAAUUUUUGGUGCUCCUGAAAUAGAUCUCAGCCAGCAGUAAAGGAGAAUCUCUAACCGUAGCUGAAGAAUUGUGAAACAAUUUAGCCAGUUUCAUUAGUUUAAUUUUCUAAAGCAUCAUAGACAAUUUGGUUUAUUAGAUGGUCAAAAAUAACAGGAAAAUGCAUUGAUUUCUUUGCGAUAAGGUAAGACAAACUCAUUGCUUUUACUGGACAUGGAUCAAUCAUGCUUAUAGCUGUAAGUGUAUUCACUCUGCAAAGGUCCAUUCUGAGUGGUAUUUGUUAGCUGACUGAUGAACCUGUCCCAGGUUGUUUUCUUUCUCAUGGCUGCAAAACAGGAGCUGUCUAACCCUCUGCGUUUGAGAGAAACUGAGCAGCUAACUGAAUAUAUUGUGCAUGAAGGAACCUGCCAAGCAACAUGAAGGCAACAUGAACCCAUACUGCACUAAGUCUGCUGAUGCAUUCUCCAUUCAAUGUACGGCUGUGAAAAGUCUUAGUUCCCAAAUACGGGUUCCUAUUUCAUGCUUUUCAGACCUUAUGACCAAAUACAAUAUUAUCAAAGCAAGUGUUGUAUUUGCUACAAACUCAUGAUUUGGAGUUCCCUACACCUUUAAAAUCCAGUUUACCUUCAUGCCACAAAGGGGAUGAAAUCUUAACUUUAAAAAUCUAAAUACCAUUCUCAGAACCAGUGUUUAAUCAUGGUGAGGUUGUAAGAGUCUCCCCUGAUAGCAUUGUGAGGGAUGCUAGUCAGACCCAGAGCUGUACAAAAGAGCUGCAUAUUUUUGCCAGUUUGGUUUUCCAAAGCUAGUGAGAAGACGUGUACAGUAAUGCUAGACCUUAGAUAGAUACCUUAUGUUUUUUGUUUUGCUUUUAUCACAAUGUAACUUAUGCAGCUGAUUGCUAAUAAAGGGAGUCAUCAGUCCUUGUUUUGUAGCAAAGAUACUUCUUGAUACUCUGCUGUGGUGGAUUAAAUACAAAAAAGGCAAUGUUUCUUCUGUCUGCUGAUGAUUUGCCUUAGUGUUCUCUGGUACUCUCUCCAACUGGCUACUCACUGUAAACUGAAAUAUGUACAGAUUGUAUUUUUCUCUUGUUGUUCUUUUGGCUGUGGUCUCUGAAAAUGACAUGCUAAUAUCUUGAAUCCUUGUAUAUGUGUAAUUUGGAUUACAAAUUAAAACGUUUUUGCAUGUUUUUAUCUUUUUA